UGCUGUUUAAAUCUAACUCUCUGCCUGUGGCAGGGCAGAGCGAGAAAAACGUGCAUCCUUUCACCUGUCACUCACUGCGGAUCCUCCGAAAGAGAUUCAAAUAAUCACAGUUUCAAAAUGUCCUCCAACAAAACACUUCAGUCUGGUGUGCGUCCCAGUCAGGCAAUCAAAGACACUACCAAACGAAGAACAGGUCUACUAAAAGACAACAGCUGGAUUAAAAGAGACAGAGAGGAGGACGAACCAGUGGAUGUGGAUCCCAACUAUGGCAGAGGUGUCCUCCUCAAAACUCAGAACAACAGUCAAAGCAAGCCAGCAGAGGCCACCCUGAUCAACCCAGUGUCCCCAAGUGCCUCCGUCAACUCCCUCACUAAGAACACUACCACAACCCCAAAAAGCUCUGUGACUGUUGCCACCAGUCCGACUACAGCCACCCCAAACAAACCUCCAGUCCCUGCCAAGAAUCCCACGCUUACGACGACCUCUAAAAGUUUUACAGCUCGGGUGUUCUCAGGUGCCAAUUCGAGCGAGAAAGCAUUAACCCCUGUUAAAAGAUCCAUGGAUGAGAAGUCUCCAGUGUCAAAGGAGCCACCUAAAGAUGUCACCAAUGGUAACAACAGUGCCCCUCUAUCACCAGCACCGUCAGCUAAAGCUGUUACCUCUCCUAUCACUAAGAGUGAAAUCAAACCCUCUAUGCCACAAUCAACUACAGUUACCUCAACCAGCAAUGCUGCUUCAAAAUCUAAUACAACUAUUACAUCAACAACAAAAUCAACUACCCCUGACCCAGCUGCGAGCAGUGGUAAAGCUCUCAGUAACACAAUGGACAUUCCUGCUGAUAUAUUGAUUCCUGCGCUGUCUCCCACUGUGUACACAAACCCUGUCAGCCCAAAAAGUUCUUCUGAUACUCUGAGCUAUAAUUCAUCUCAGCCAGUAAACACUGCCAGUCCAAAAAUCCUCUCUGAUUCUCUGAGCUAUACUUCAUCUCAGCCAGCAAACACUACCAGUACAACGCUCAGAACAAGUGUCAAACAGAGUCCAACGACAUCCCAAACUCUGCCCUCACUUUCUGUGAAUUCACCACCACUCACACAGUUGUCAACCAGGAUCGUGGGCAAAAGGGAUCUUUGCUCAUUCUGUGGUAAAAACAUUUCUGGAGGAGAGAGGAUGAUUUUGGAUGACCUUCAGAUUUUCAGUCACACAUCCUGCUUCAAGUGUGAGCUAUGCUGUCGUUCUCUGGGGAAUCUGGAGGCAGGCGCCACUCUGUGGGUGCACAGAGAAAAGGUGAACUGUGAAAACUGCUACAAGAAGACCAAAGAUCACUGGUUUCACUGAAGAUACGGAGACAGCGUUGGAACCUUGCAAAAAAAAGAAAGCUACAUACCAAACUGCUGGAUUCAAAUCCAAAAUCAUUUAAUAUCUUUGGUAGCAAGUACACGGUGUUUUUCUUUGACAUGUUUACAGGGGAAAAGGACAUAGCGAGAUUUGUACUGGAAAAUAUGAUUGUGAGAAGUUAAUGAUUAUGAGCAUGAGAGAAAAAAGAUACAUAUGGUUUACUUUCUCUAAUAUUUCAUGUGAUAUAAACAGAACUUGCAAAAAAAUGUCUUUGGUAAAUGUUUAACAGUGGUGUAAUAAAGAACUUCUAUUUCUUCAACA